AUGUUUGUCCAGUGUGAGGCAUCCCAGCCGUUCGCCUUCGGCCCUGCACAGUCACCCGGGUUCCGCAGGCAUUGUCGAUCUGGUCCCCAUUGCGCAUACAUCCACAUCAAUCCUCAAAAUACAACUCUCGAUUUUCCACAACCGAAUUUCGCCCCUGUAUUCUUUCAGGGGCCUCAGGGUAUCCCUCUCCCAACCCCUCUCCGCUUGCAGCCUAGUCCGUCUCUAGUGUCCGGGACUAGUAGCGAAGACACCUCGUUUUCGAGCGAAUCGAACUUGUCAAUUGACGAUGCUUUGCUUGCCACGCUCAUGGACACCUGGCAAACUGAUACCCCUCGCGAUGCGAGCGCUGCUUGCCCGCCACCUCCGCCUGCGACCCCCAUCUCCUUCGACGAUUCGACAGAGCCGUCCUGCUGCUGGCUCGAUAUACCCACGUCCCCAUCCUCCGCUGCGUCCAGUAGCGCCUUGGGAUCUCCACUUGUCACUCUGCGUCGGACAUCGCUGCCGUCUACCAUCCCAUCCAGUGGCAGCUUCUCGUCGCCGAUUGUUUUGCAACGCCGCUCAUCUCUACCUUCCCCUGGAGUGCAGCCCCGUGCCCAGAGGCGCGGCAUUUAUUACAAGACUAAGCCAUGCAAAUUCUUCCACGAGAGGGGUUCUUGUAUCAAAGGCGACAAAUGCACAUUCAUACACGAGGCUAACUCUUCACCGCCUUUACGGGCCCCGAUCGUUGAAUCGCCCAGUCCAUUGUCCUCGCUAGCGCAUACAUCCGCACAGGACAAUGGCAGGAGCAGAAUGCAGCAGCAGCAACACCGCUUGCUUCCGAAGAAGCCUGUCAGUCCUCUCGAAGCCAGCCGCCAUCAGAAUUACUAUCCUAUCACUUGGCGUGUGAUUGGCGGCGGUGUCAUGAUGAGUGGACAGAGGGAGAUCUGCAGGGACUACUUGGCCGGACAUUGUGUUGACGGAGACGACUGUAGAUUUGCCCACCCCAACGGAUAUGACGAUGCUGAAGGGUCAAAGGUCCCCGGAAAGCCAUUGACCUCCCCACCUGUCCAGCUCUCCCCGUCCUGGACCCUCUCCCCGACUUGGGCACAGUCCCCGUCGUGGGUAUUCUCCCCAUCUUGGGAGCACUCUUCGCUUUGGGAACUUCAACCCUAUACGUGCGGCCAAGAAGUCAUCUCGGAAGAUCAUGAAGAUUCUCGCACUCCCCUAAUAUCUCUGCUUCCAUCACAGACGUGUCCAUCUGAGGGACCCUCUGGCCUAACUCGGGUCCAGCAGUUGCGCGUGCCAGGACUUCGCAUCAUUCCGCCGCAAGGCCCGGAACUUGUGGAUCGGGGAUAUUCGGCGCACAGGACGCUGAGUGGCGACAGUCUGCUCGAACGAGAUCCUCCCGAUGUCGACGGGGAGGCUGCAGAGGCUGACAUCGUACCUGCAUCCUCGUGCGCAAGGACGCUGGUCCGACCGCUCUCGACCCCACCUGUCUUGAAGACCGCAGCUGUUCAGGUGUCCAGGUUAUUUGCCGCUGAGAUGCCCUGA